AUGUUCUGCUUCAUUUCAGACCAGAAGCAAGAGCCAGGACAAUUUCCACGUCACUGUGGCCCUCCAGUACAAGUGGGGGCCUAUGGAGGUCAGGUGAUUAAUAGAGAUUUAGCAAAGGUCCGACUCACAGUGGGUCCAAUAGGUCCUCGAAUCCUAGAGGACCUAUUAGUUAUUUCCCCUGUUCCAGAAUGCGUAAUUGGGAUAGACUUGCUUAGUACUUGGCAGAAUCCUCACAUUGGUUCUCUGACCUGCAGUGUGAGGGCUAUUACAGUUGGGAAGGCCAAAUGGAAGCCUUUAGAGUUACCUUUGAGUAAAAUAGUAAACCAAGAGCAGUAUCGCAUUCCUGAAGGGAUUUCAGAGAUUAAUGCCACUAUCAAGGAGUUGAAGGAUGCAGGGGUGGUGGUCCCCACCACAUCCCCUUUUAAUUCUCCCAUUUGGCCUGUACAAAAGAUGGAUGGGUCUUGGAGAAUGACAGUGGAUUACCGUAAACUGAAUCAAGUGGUGACUCCAAUUGCAGCUGCAGUACCAGAUGUGGUUUCCUUGCUUGAGCUAAUUAACACAUCUCCUGGUCCUUGGUAUGCAGCUAUUGACUUGGCAAAUGCCUUCUUCUCCAUACCUAUCCAUAAGGACCAUCAGAAACAGUUUGCUUUCAGCUGGCAAGGCCAGCAAUACACCUUCACUGUCUUACCUCAGGGGUGUAUUAACUCACCAGCCCUGUGUCACAACUUAGUUCGUAGGGAUCUUGAUCAUUUUUCUCUCCGAGAUACCACAUUGGUCCAUUACAUUGAUGAUGUUACGCUGAUUGGGCCUAGUGAGCAGGAAGUAGCAGCUAUUCUGGAUUUGUUAGUACAGCAUUUGAGAGCCAGGGGAUGGGAAAUAAAUCCAACAAAAAUUCAAGGUCCUUCUACUUCGGUGAAGUUUGUAGGAGUCCAGUGGUGUGGAGCAUGUAGAGAUAUCCCCUCUAAGGCAAAAGAUAAGUUGUUGCAUCUGGCUUCCCCUACAACCAAAAAAGAGGCACAGCGCCUAGUGGGGCUUUUUGGGUUUUGGAGGCAACACAUUCCUCACUUAGGAGUGUCAGUGGCAGGAAGAGGUGCUUUUUGGAGUCUCUGGCAGGCCCCCAUAGGUGAACUGCAGCGGAGGCCUUUAGGAUUUUGGAGCAAGGCUCUGCCGUCAUCUGCAGACAACUACUCUCCCUUUGAAAAACAGCUCUUGGCCUGCUACUGGGCCUUAGUGGAAACUGAACACUUGACCAUGGGACACCAGAUCACCAUGAGACCUGAGCUGCCUAUCAUGGCCUGGGUAUUAUCUGAUCCACCGAGUCAUAAGGUUAGACGUGCACAGCAACAGUCUAUCAAUAAAUGGAAGUGGUAUAUUCAUGAUCGAGCCAGAGAAGGUCGAGGGACCAGUAAAUUGCAUGAGGAAGCUGCCCGGAUGCCUACGGCUCCUAUGCCUACUGUACUGCCUUCUGUUUCCCAGCAUGCACCUAUGGCCUUGUGGGGUGUGCCGUAUGAUCAGCUGUCAGAGGACGAGAAGACUAGGGCUUGGUUUACGGAUGGCUCUGCAUGCUAUGCAGGCACCACCGGCAAGUGGACAGCUGCAGCAUUGCAGCUCCUUUCUGGGACAUCUCUGAAGGACAGCGGUAAAGGGAAAUCUUCACAGUGGGCAGAACUUCGGGCAGUGCACUUGGUAGUACAUUUUGCUUGGCAGAAGAAAUGGCCAGAUGUGUGACUAUAUACUGACUCAUGGGCCGUAGCGAAUGGUCUGGCUGGAUCGUCAGGCACAUGGAAAGAACAUAACUGGAAAAUUGGUGACAAAGAUAUCUGGGGAAGAGGUAUGUGGAUAGACCUCUCCAUGUGGGCAGAGGAUGUAAAAAUAUUUGUUUCCCAUGUAAAUGCUCACCAAAAGGUGACAUCGGCAGAAGAGGACUUUAAUAAUCGAGUAGAUAAGAUGACCCGGUCUGUGGAUAGUGGCCAACCUCCUUCUUCAGCUGCCCCUGUCAUUGCCCGAUGGGCUCAGGAACAGAGCGGCCAUGGUGGCAGGGAUGGAGGUUAUGCAUGGGCUCGGCAACAUAGACUCCCACUCACCAAGGCUGAUCUGGCUACAGCCACUGAUUGUCUCAGCCACUUUCCUUAUCCCUGGGACAAAUGCGCACAGUUUAAAGGAGAGGCGGUCUGGCCCGCAUUUGAGGAAUUUCAGUCCUCACAGGCGGUGGCUCAGGCGGAAGCGGCACGGGAGGGUCUGGCCCAGGAAAGCUGCCCGUCGCGCGGCCGCGGUGGGCAGAGGAGAGGACCCCGCGGGAAGACGCCCCUUCAAGUCCAGCCGCCAGGGACUGCCGCCAACAGGAAGUCAGCUACAGCGACCCCGUAG